AUGGGUCGGCCUGUCUGGGGGUAUCUGGGCCAAUUGCGAUUGCCCCAUCAACCUGCUGCCAUCGGAUCGGAUAGGCCGGCGUGAUCGUGAUGAGACGGGAUCGACCCAAUUGGCUUAUUUAUUUAUUUAUUAUGGAGAAUAAAAUAUACUGGGCAAGGGAGGCCACGCGUGUCAAGUCGCCACAGAAGUACACGUCUAGAGAAUUAUAAAAUUAUAAAUCUAUUUAUAUUCAUUUAAAAUAAUUCCAGAAUUUUUGCAUCAAAAGAAUUCAUUUAAUCGAUACGCUCCCUAUAAAAUGAGUGCGAACACGACCCGAAGACUCGUCAAAUGGAUCACGCGAGCCUCCUCCACCCAUUAUUAUACGCUUAACAGUCAACCGCGUCGCGACCAAUUCAACGCCGUGGAUGGAAAGGUCAACGGCUUCCUUAUCAUAUAUGUUCCCCGGCAAGAGCGACUUUUUUGGUACGUAUGAUUUUUUUAAAAUAACGCGGGAAAUAUCCCAGAAUGAGUAGUUAAAAACAAGAAUGAAUGAUUCUGGGUGCCGCGAGACGACUGAAUUAUGCGCUAUCUAAAAUGAUAAUUUUUUUUUUACUUUUGAUAAUUUUGAUCGAUAGAUUAGAGGUGGAUCGCAUUACUUCAUGCUCUCCCAGUUUGCGGCCAAAGAGGGCAGUGCAACUCCGGCCCCCGCCCACGGAAGCGCCGGCGGCGGCGGUGGCGGUGGCGGUGGCGCGGGCCGUACUCUGACGGAGAGAUUAAUAAUCCCAUUGUGGUUCCCGUGGGGGUCUCUGAGGCGGUAGCUGAGGAAGUGGAGGUAGCCGGCGGGGAGGAGGCCGCCGUGGAAGUCGGCGGCGGGGAUGGUGACCCGGCCGAGGGUCCGCACGUCGGCGCCCGUCUUGCAGCGCACCUCCACCGUGACGGAGCGCGACGAGGGCGGCAUCGCUAGUGUCAGCCGCUGGUUCCAGUGCGGGUAGCUGCCGCCGUCGGCGCGGAGGGCCGUGGUCGCCUGGUUCUGAGAGUCCGUCCGAAGCGCCACGAACGCGUUCUUCUUUAUCGGUCGCUGGCCCAGGCUCAGCUUCUCUGCCGACAGCACCGUGAUGUCCAGAAUCUCCAUUCUCUCUCUCUUUCUCUCUCUGGUUUGCACCCUGGUAUAUAUUGAGGACAGGAAGAAGGGUACAGGAAAGGAGGGGGAAGCGUUAAGGAAAUGAGGUUCGCCGCGUCGUCCACGUAUGAUGUACGCAGCGUGAAGCGGGCCCUAACAGCCGGAGCGAGAGAUUCGUAACCCGACACGGCGUUGACUUUCUGGGGAACGACUCCCGGUCUCACAGCGGGCGGGAAACGUGUGCCCGUGCGUGUUUAAUAUGGUGAAAUUGCGAAUAGUCGGAUUGGCUGUUCGGCGUCUGCGACAUCAUGCCACGCGCCAUCUUGGCGCCUUCCCUCGACUAGCCAGCAAGAUGCAGCGCGCAUCCUGUGCUGGACAUCAAUGGCACGGCGACGAUAGGAAUCCGCCGGGAGGCGCAGGAGAAGCCGCCGUGGAGGGUAUCUGUCGGUCAUCCUCUGAACCAUGCAAGCAAUGAGAGCACAUAUUUUGUCGCCAUUUUUUAUAUUUUAAUAUUUUUCUUAGAAUUAUGGAAUCUGGGAAAAUAGGAAAUGUCUCUAUUUUGUCACGCUGAUGAAGACAAAUGUGACGUAACACAACGAGAGGUGAGAGAGAGACAGAGAGAGAGGAGGGAAGAUGUCGACGUCACAGCGUUGGGAUAUUUAUCCAGUCUGCCGCCAGAUCGGAGUCUAGUCGACAAAACGCUUUUGGUUCUCUAUUUUAUCUGUCGCGAUUCCCGAGAUGGUCGAUGAUGAAAAAUAUCUGAGGCCACGUGGACGCCAUAGCUCACCUGCUGCGAAGAUAUUUCACGGGGGCCGCUACAUUAUCGGCGCCAGGCUGGGUUUGUGGGGGCGGGGGCUGCCGUAUAAAGGGUUACUGUGGAAACGCUGCAGAGCCCCCGGGGGAGCAUUCCCGCUUAUUCUUCUGUGGAAGAGAGAAAGCCGAUCAAUCGAUGGAAGAUCUGGUGGAGGAAGGCGGCUCUGGAGCGGCAUGGACGGACGAGAAACACACCUCCUUCCUCAAUUGCUUGGAGGACUCCUUCGUUAGGUGGAUGAUGAUGGGAGGAAGGCUCGGAUCAGGCGUCACCAGGCCGGAUGCGGAGCCUCUGCGGCUCGAUCGGCACAUGCCAGACGGUGAGGAUUCUACCAGGGACUGCCGAUCGCGCAAGAGCGGGAGCCAGAGAGCAGUGGCGCGCCACCGCCAUGGUCGGACAGGUAGGAUCCGGAGCCUGUGGUCCUCCGAUGGUCUUUCCUUCUUCACAUCCGUCCUAUUGGAGAGCCUUUGCGUCUCCGAUCUGUCCUUGGGAGAUCGGAGAAAUCACUGCGGGUUGCCGCCUUUGGGGCUGACGUGCUCCACCGAAGAGUUUAUCGUUGCUGUUACGUUUGACUGUUUAGGAGCAAGAGAUUGGUUCCUGUUUCACCUGUAGAUGAGGGAAAGUGGAAUAAGAUCACAACCUUCAUUACUGCUCACUUCCCUUCUUUUUUUCGUUAUCUCAUCUUUCGCCGACGAGAAGAUCCGUCACGGAAUCUGGAUUACAACAAUUCUGGCGAUGGAUUGUCUCUCGGGGGGGAAGUGGGGGGGGGAGAUUGGCACCACCUGACUACUUGUCUACUACAUCUGCAUCGCUGAUCAUCUUUUUCCUUUCGUUUCUCCAACCCAGACAUCGUGGAGAGUCACGGCAAGACAAGGAAACGCUGGCACCGGCGUCAGGCGGACCCUCAGCUGCAGGAAGAUCAGGUUUGUUAUCAUCUGCCUUUUCAUGAAUGAUCCCCGAGCCGAUGAGACCGCCUUCCACGUUUUUGCGAACAACCCCACCAAUAAAACUCUCCAGACCGUACAGACGUUUUGGGGUUUUCCCCAGAUAUGUCAGUACGGCGAUCUUCCUUUUGGUUCUUCUUUUGCAAUUGUAACCGACGUCGUCUGCAUAUGCACUCUCUCUCUCGCUCGCUCAUUCUGACGAGUGAUCUCGAUCUCGUUCCCUGAUUGUACCUGUUCCCUGCAGGUGGUUCCGAGAUAUGAAGGGACGACGAGCGAAGAGAACGGCAGGCCAAACCCUACGGAUGCCAGGCUCUCCACCUCAGCUGAUGACCGGCGAUCGACGGAGAAUUGA